AUGGUCCACCUGCUUGCCUCCGAAGUACGGCAGCUGCUCCACAACAAGUUCGUGGUCAUCCUGGGGGACUCGGUCCAGAGGGCCGUGUACAAGGACCUGGUGCUCCUGCUGCAGAAGGACUGCCUGCUCACACUCAGCCAGCUCAAGGCCAAGGGAGAGUACAGCUUCGAGCAGGACAAGCUGGUGCAGGGGGGCAAGCAGGGCCGCAUGCAUAACGGCAUCCACUACCGCGAGGUGCGCCAGUUCUGCUCCGGCCAGCACCUGGUGCGCUUCUACUUCCUGACGCGCGUGUACUCCGACUACCUCGAAGCCAUCCUGCAGGAGCUGCAUUCGGGUGAGCACGACCCGGACCUGGUCAUCAUGAAUUCCUGCCUCUGGGACCUCACCAGGUACGGGGAGGACUCCUGGUCGAACUACCUGCAGAACCUGGAGAGCCUGUUUGGGCGCCUGCGCCAGGUGCUGCCCGAGUCGUGCCUCCUGGUUUGGAACACGGCCAUGCCCGUGGGCAAUAACAUCAGUAGCGGCUUCCUCCCGCCCAAGCUCCGACCCAUGGCCUCCAGACUGAAAACCAACGUGAUUGAGGCCAACUUCUACAGCUCUAACGAGGCCCAAAAGCACGGCUUCGAUGUGCUGGACUUGCACUUCCACUUCCGCCGCCACACAGGGAAGUACCUGCAGCCCGACGGAGUGCACUGGAACGAGCUCGCGCACCGGCAUCUCUCCCAGCUUCUGCUGGCUCACGUGGCCGACGCCUGGGGGGUGGAGCUGCCCCAGCGCGACCCAGUGGGCAAGUGCAUCAAGGAUGGCCCCGCGAGGGGAGGACCUGGCAGGAGACUUGAGAGGCUCCUGGCCUGCAGAGAUCAACCGGCCUUCCCUUCUCCGCCCCGACCCCUGCCUCUGCCUGGAUGCUGCCCACUGACCCCCAUGCCAUCUCCCCGCCCACCCCAGUUCGCACACCUGCCCCCCAAACCCCCUCCCAUCCCCCUUCACCAGGUGACACCCCCAUUCCUAGUCUGUCCCCAAGGUGCCCAUUUUUCUUCAGACCGACCUUUCCAAUCGGAUCAGUUCUCCUCGAACCAUUUCCAUUCAGAUAUUCCCCCAUCUACCCAGACAGAAUUUGCCUUCGAUGGUGACCUUAUGUUUAGUCCCCAGCCGCCUAGGCCCCCCUUCCCCCAACCCUGUUAUCAGCAGCGGGCCCCUGUGGUCCAUAGGGGUUUUCCCCGGUAUUCUCCCCGUGGCCCCUACAUGCCCUGGAGAGGGUGGCCCAGAACUUCCAAGAGAAGGGCCCCAGCCUAUAGAGAGCCAAGGCCUCAAUAGACUGACUUGGGCCUUCCUCUUCAUGCACAUGGACUGGACAGAUCGUCCGACGCUCCCCAGACAGACUGACCUUGUUAACUGAAGCCUUUGGUCCAUUGCUGUUAUCAGUAAUGGCAGGGAAGAGCAGUCUGACCUAUUCUUGCUGGCUGUGGCCUCUCACUGCAUUCUGCGAGGGGGGACCAGGCAUCAU